AUGGCCAUCCACGCCGAGGGUCUCGUGGCUAUCGUGGUUUUCUAUGUCCUUAUUUUGUUUGUCGGAAUCUGGGCAGCGUGGAAGAAUAAGAACUCCGGUGUUGGAGAUGGCGGAGAACGAAGCGAGAGUAUCAUGGUCGGAGGAAGGGACAUUGGAUUAUUUGUAGGUGGAUUCACAAUGACCGGUGAGUUGAUCUUUAAGGCUCAUCAGGUUUUUUUUUUUUUUUUUAUGUUUGAUAAACUUGUACUGCGUGCUUCAGAGGUCAGAAGAAGUCAGUUUCAUCUUUUACGCACGGACCGCUUUGCGCCCACAAUUUUACACUAGUGCCAUCUUUUAGAUUACGUUUAUCAAACCUGUGAAAAUUCAAAAAUAAAGUAACUAAUGACCAGACCGGUUUGAUGUUUUGUGUCCAAGCUGACACCUGAAUUAAUGUAAUACCAUUAAUGAAUUAAUGGUAUUAUUUUUUGAUGCAGGUGCGUCCCUCCGCAGUACACGUUUUCAGUUUGAGCUUUGUUUCACUGUGACCACUAUAACCUUCUCCAGGAUAAGAAUUAGUGAAUUUAUCUCCACUCCAAACAGACAAACACUUCGGGCUCCUGUGAAUUAACAACAUGGCAUUAACCAAACUACAGUUACACAAAUACCUUGUUAAACUAUCCUGUUUUCUCUUGUUUUCCAGCCACUUGGGUGGGAGGGGGCUACAUCAAUGGGACUGCAGAGUAUGUCUACCUCCCAGGCAAUGGUCUAGCUUGGGCACAGGCUCCCUUUGGUUAUGCCCUCAGCCUGGUAGUAGGUGAGAAGCAGUAUCAGUUCCAUUUUACAGUCAAAGGGAAGUCUGUUUUAGAGAGAAGAAAAAAACUGCUGGUACAAAGCUUUGAGAUUCCUCUCAGUUUGAAUGAUUAUGGCCAUUUGUUGAAUUGCUUGUAUUAUAAUGUGUUGAUAAUUGCAAGUGACCUAUUGUUAUAUAGAUUGGUGUUGUAGUGUCACACACAUCUGUGUAUCACAAGUACAUCUGUGUAGAAAUAAAACUUAUUUAUUAAAAAGAAGCUUUGAGGGGUCAUUUUAUUCCACAUAAGCACAGUCUUUCUCUGUAGUUGUACUUACCUGUGGUUUGUUUAUUACAUGUCCAUAAAUUCUUUCUUACAUCGUUUGCCUGACCUUAUUGUUUGGCAUCAUUCAGGUGGCCUUUUCUUUGCCAAACCCAUGCGUUCCCGUGGAUACGUCACCAUGCUAGAUCCCUUCCAGCAACUGUAUGGUGAAAGAAUGGGGGGGCUGCUCUUCAUCCCCGCUCUCAUGGGUGAAAUCUUUUGGUCAGCUGCCAUUUUAUCAGCCCUGGGUGAGUUUAAGAUAAGAAGAACUGUAUUGAUCCCUGAAGGAAAAUUCAAGUUUAAGUUUAAAGUCCUACUCUGAUAGUUUUUUUUAAUCAUUAUUUAAAGUGUUCUCAGUGGUCUUUAAGUUGUGAUUAUGAAGGUUUUGGCCAAAAUCACUGGCUUGCAGCCUAACAUUGUAGAAGUGACUAGGUAGAAGUGACAGGAAAUAUAGGAGCUAUUCAGCUCUCAGACACUAAUAUCUUUGGGGACAUGAUGAAAGUUAAUAUCAUAAUUAGCUCUCUUAUGAGCAUUGCAAUCUGCUAAAUCACACGCUUGUUCCACAAUCAUCCUCUCUACUUCCCCGAGUCUGGCCUGCAUAGUGGGGCUCUGGGGCAGAGCUUGGAUUUGUGAUGUAGGAAAUCUCAUUGUGUCUGAACCUGCCGUUUGGGUCUGUGAAAGGUUCAACGUGAUUUAAAUGCAGAAAUACUCAGAAAUGCAAUUUUGCAGUUACUUUUAACAUGAUAUGUCUUGUAGCAGCAGAAAAAUGCCAUAUGAACAUGUAGACUAUAAGAAAAACGUGAUUUUUAUCAGAGUGAGUCUUUAAGUUUUCCUUACACAGAAUAACUUAAUCUCUUUAUACCAACACUGUUUAAAGUAAGCUGUCACAGCAAAUGCACUUCUAUUCAAGUUCUAAAUUAUAAUUGUGUCUGAUUUUACGGGUCUGUCGUCCCACAGGUGCCACUCUGAGUGUCAUUGUGGACAUUAACAUCAACAUGUCAGUGGUGAUCUCAGCUCUAAUAGCUAUCUUCUACACACUUGUCGGAGGACUUUACUCUGUUGCAUACACAGAUGUGGUUCAGCUCUUCUGUAUCUUUCUGGGCUUGGUGAGUUUUACCUGACUCAUUGACAUUAAUUGACAUUAAUUUUAGCACCUCACAUAUAUUUUAAAAUCAUUUAAGGUUCAGGACAUACAUGUAAGAAUGAUUCCAUUACUAUCACUGUAUUUUGCAGUUUUCUCUGCAGAAAGGUUUAUUUAAUAAUCAUCAUUAAAUAAGACAAAGAUGGAUUCUUGCAUUUUCAGUGUCAUUUACCCUUUAAUUAUUUCCUCUCAUACAGUGGAUCAGUGUGCCUUUUGCCCUCUCCAAUCCUGCCGUGACAGACAUUGGUAUCACAGCCAAAGAAAAAGUAUACCAGUCACCUUGGCUGGGUAAGAUUGAGUCUGAAGACACGUGGCUCUGGGUGGACAACUUCUGUUUGCUGGUAAACCAUUCAUUUUUCAGACCACCCAUCAAUACACCAAAUAUUUUUGUGGAGAAAAUGCAAUAUACAUGUUGAAUUUCCACAUUGCACGCCAAAUCUUAAAUACUAAUGUACUGUAGUAGUAAUAGUUACUUUUGCAGUUCUGUGCAUUAGUUUAUUGUCUGUAUUGACUGAAGUGUUUCGGUUUCUAGAUUUUGGGGGGGAUUCCCUGGCAGGUGUACUUUCAACGGGUCCUUUCUGCCUCUUCAGCAACUUAUGCACAGGUCCUUUCCUUCUUAGCUGCCUUCGGCUGCUUAGUCAUGGCCGUGCCCUCUGUCCUCAUAGGAGCUAUAGGGGCCUCCACCGGUAAAUUCACACACACACACACACACACACACACACACACACACACACACACACACACACACACUACAGCUCAACAAAAAGUACAGAUUAUUUUCUGAGUGCAGCACUUACUUAUUUGUAUGUGGGUGGUUCUUUUUUAGAUUUUUUUGUUUUGUUUGUUUGUUUGUUUUUUUGUUUUUUUCAGUCUUAAAAUUCAGGACUGCUGGGAUUAAUGGGAAACAGUCUGGUCUUUAAAUCAAAUUGACAGACCUCUGAAUUUUCUGUCCAGAAUCUACUCUUUGGAAAAAUAACUUUUCCUCUGAUAAAAUAAUACAAGAUGAGGAUUGAUUUUGUCUGGUCAAAUAUCUAUGGCUGACUGUUAAGAAAAUCUCAUGUACAGAAAUUGUUGUAAAAUGAUUACCUUUAGAUGUCAGCCAAGAUUUUGUGUCUACACACAAUACGCCUUAUUGCAUCACAGAUGAGCACAAAUAUCACACUGUUAUCUGUGCAUACAUGAAAACACACUGAUUCAUUAAUCAGUAUAAGACAACAGAAAUAUCCAGGAAUCUGAUCCGUUAUUCAAACAGGAACGUGUGAUCAAAAGGGAGCACAAUGACUUCCUGGCCUGUUUAACCACCAGCAGCUUUGUUUUUUCAGAUGUGUAAAUGUAGAUGCAUACAGUAUCUGCAGGGUAAACAACAUCAGACAAAUCCUGUCAAGACAAGCAGAAGAGAGAGCCAUCGGACCAUGCCGAUUUAUUAAAUAUUACAUCUGAAGAGAAGCUAAUUAAUCUGCAUCAAAGCUGUUUCAUGUAUAACAGGCACCAGUCAACCACUAAAGGGGAAUACCCAGGGGAUGGAGAGAAUCUGUGCUAAAAGGAUGAAGAAAAGGAAGGGAAAAAAAGAAAGACGGAUGUAAUCCUGUUUUAUGUGGAAAAGGAUAAGAGCUGAAAUGACACACAAUGAAUGGGAAGACUGGGACAACAUGGUGAUGGUGAAUGGCUGGAGUUUGAGUACAAAAGACUGUUUUACAACAUAGUUAAAACUAGUUUCAGAUCAUUGUCACAGAAGAGCUCAUUUAGCUAAGCACUGUUUUCAAAUACUUUCAAAAGCCUCUUUUAUUUGGAAGGCUUGUAGGUAUUCAGCAUGUCUUUUAGGGGCAUUACACAUCCAAAUCUAUGCAAACUUUGGCAUUUGACCAACUUAAAGUGCUUCUCAUCAGACUAACUGGCUUGGUCUGAAAUCAGUCAUUAUUGAUUCAGUGGCUAUUAAUCAGAUGUAUCAUUAAAAUGCAAUUAAAGUACAUGAUGUAUUUUCUAACCCUGGCUCAUACUUCAAAUCAGGCCUAAACCAUUGGAUAAACCAUAGUCAGUAAUAAGUGCACACUCAUAUUUUUAAUAAGUAUUGUUUCUGGCUCCCUCUGAUAGCUGUGACUUUGCCUCUGCUAAUCUUUGUUUAAUCCAAUGUACAAACAUCUGCAGCUCUUUUGUUUCUCAGUAACUAAAAUGUGCAGCUGCAGGGGGCUUUCAAAAAAGCCAUGGAUCAAAUCAAAAACUGUUAUGUGCAAUAACCAGUCCUUUUAACGUUCCAUUAGUGCUCCAGAAAUGCAAUUUUAUUCAUCUCCAAAUUGGAAAGAGUGCCAGGCCCACUAUGGCUCAGUGGCAGAGUCAGUUGGGGGUUUAAUUCCAAGGAUGUCCACAUUCUGAAGUGUCCUUACUGAAGACACCUGACCCCACCUGCCCCUGCUGGCUGAUCCCAGUUGUGUGUGAAUGGAAUUGGUCAAAAACUGAUGGGCUGUACACAUAUCAGCCUCUGUCAUCAGUGUGUGAAUGUUGUGUAAAUGGGUGAAUGUGACAUGUGAUAUAAAAGAGCUUUGAGGGUUUGACUGUAAUCCCCCUUUUCUCUUCCAGACUGGAACCAGACCAGCUAUGGCUCCCCUCCUCCAAAGGAUAAAGACCAAUCAGACAUGAUCCUUCCCAUAGUGCUUCAGCACCUCUGUCCACCCUACAUCUCCUUCUUUGGUCUAGGAGCAGUGUCAGCUGCUGUCAUGUCCUCAGCAGACUCAUCCAUUCUCUCAGCCAGCUCCAUGUUUGCUCGGAACAUCUAUCAGCUUGCAUUCCGGCAGUCGGUAAGAGUGCUACCAACGAUACAAACACACAUUUCAUAGUUUUAACCCAUUGUUACAAAUUGAUAAUGUGUCGGAUAGUUUUCAAAACCAACCAACUGAAUGGAUGACUUUGAAACUGUCAUGGACAUUAAGGGCUCUAUUUUCGUGCGCGCCGGUGAGGCGACAGAGGGUGGCGGACUCCGCACAGUUGUAUUUUCGUCUGGCGGAGCCCGGCGUAAAGCCAGUUUGGUAUUUUCGUGGACUGAGGCGCUCGGAGGCGAGCCGAGAUCCGCCAAGCUGGGCGUGGUGGCGUGGCAGGGGGAGGUGUCAACAGAAUCAGCGGGCGCAGUGACAUUUUCGUGCUCGCCAGUGGCGUGUAAAGUGCGCUGAAAGCUCGCCGAUUCAAACCUGGUCAGCUUUCAGCGCAGGCGGAGCGCAGCUGGUCUAGUAGCAUUUUGGUAGACCGGCGGCGUAUCAGCAUACGUCACCGAUGCCUCACAGGCAGGUUUCCACAGUGUCAGGAACAUUUCAGUGCAAUAAAUAAUCAUCAACAACUAAUAAUCUGAGUCAGCACAUACAUUUAGAUCUAUAUAGAUAUAUUCUGAUCUAUAUCUGAUCUGAUGAGCGCGUUUAGCACGCGUUUGGACACACAACCUGAACGAAUCAACACAGCUGAAACCACAUUAAAUUAAAUUAAAUAUCUAGUAAAUAGACACACAUGAUGAAGUUAACAAGAUAUGUAAUUCGUCUCCCUCCUUUUCUUUCUUCCUCUUCCUCUUAUUUCUCGCACAGCUCGACCUGGACACGUCUCUGUGUCCUCUUCUCGUCCUGCUGCUGCGGCUGAACAGAUGAUUUGUUUCAGUGCUCAGAUGAGUUAUUUACUUUAAGCCGACAUACGGAUAUUAUAAUAUUCAGUUUUGUGAGCCAAAUUUAUUUUAUAUGCCAACAUCUAUGAAAGAAAGAGCCAGGCCACGGAGCGCGAUGCGUCAUUUAUGCACAGAUGGUUCCAAUUUUAAUGCCAUUUUUGGAGUUUAUGUUGUGAUCUGUGCACACAACCCACCUUUGUCACGUGAGGUUUGAAUAUGAGCAACUUUAUGUGAGUGUCUUUAUUUGUGGAAAAGGGUGUUUGUCUUACCAGUGUGUCCAAAAUUACACACACCAAAUCCAUCUGUGCUCAUAUGAGAGAGUGUGGAGGACGCCCUCUGCAGCGCUUACAGUGACACUUGUUGAGGAGCUGCCUUCUGUCGCCAUCUUGUGGCAUUACUGUCUUCAGACAUCUCUUGAUCUCUUUGACUAUUUCAUGAAAAUUGUAAUACGCCUCGCCUGUGGCGGAUUUAAAGGCGAGGAGAGGAGCUGAUGUGAUUGGUGAAAACAGGUCUCGGCUGUGUUAAACCCACUCUUCGCCCUCUCUCCUCCCUCGCUACGACUUACGCUGCUGGGAGGAGCUGAGUUAGGGAGGGGGGAUACUUAUGCCGGGCUGCGCGGCUCACCAAAAUACCAAAAUGUGCUUGGGAACGCCUUGUCAGGCACGCCUUGCGGCACGUGUCCGGCGAGGCACGAAAAUAGAGCCCUUCUAGUCUGAAGAGAAUUGUGAAAACCUUUUUUUCUAGCCCAUCUGGAAAGAUAGUAUUACAGCACACAAAACCUCAAACAGAUAAGAGCCACACGCUCAGCUGUAGAUUUUCAUCUUUGGUUUUCAUUUGACCUCUCUUGUCAUACCCCCCUUUUGUGACCAAAGUGUUUCUAUCCUUUCCUGUCAUGUUCUCCUUUCUCCUCCAGGCUUCAGAUAGAGAAAUUGUUUGGGUGAUGCGCUUCACAAUCUUUGUAUUUGGAGCUCUUGCCACAGCUAUGGCAUUGUUAACAGGAUCGGUGUAUGGCCUCUGGUACCUCAGCUCAGACUUGGUCUACGUCAUCAUCUUUCCCCAGCUUCUCAGUGUUUUAUUCGUCAAGGGGACUAACACCUACGGCUCUGUGGCUGGCUACGUCUUUGGUUUGUUGCUGCGCAUCGGGGGAGGGGAGCCCUACCUCAAGCUUCCCCCCUUCAUCUUCUUUCCUGGUUGGGUACAGCAGGAGAGGAUCCACCACCUCACUGGGGACGUAGAGCACUUUAUUCAGCAGAGGUUCCCCUUCAAGUCUGUUUCUAUGGUGGCAUCCUUCCUAGCAAAUGUGGUCUUUUCAUACCUGACAAAGUACCUUUUUGAAAGCGGUAUGCUGUCACACAAGUAUGACUUCUUGGAUGCUGUGGUGUCCAAGCAUAGCAAGGAGAUCAUGGACAAAACUACUCUGGUGGGAAACCACGAUAACAUCAUUCUUUCAGAGAUGGCGCCUGUCAAUCAGACCUUGGGCCCUUCGCUCGCUGGGACAUUCACCAACACUGAGAUCCUUAGUGACGAUGGGCCAUCAAGUCCAGAUUCUUUUCACAAUGAUGACUAG